AGAACGGGAACGACCGAGUUCGAAGCGCGACACAACCACGAAAGCUUGCAGGCAGUGUGUAAUUUUAAAAACUUUUAAGAUUAAGUAGGGGCAAAAAACAAAUGUGUGUGCGUUUUUAAUUUUUCUCAAAAUAAAUAAUGGAAAUGAAAAGUGAUGAGGAUGCUGCGAAAGCUGUUACGUCUGUUGAAGAGUUAAUUAAGCCCGUUCCGAAACCGUUUUCGAUCGAGGCGCUUAUCGGCGAUGAUAGACCGAGGAGAAAAAUUAAUAAUAAUCCUUGGGAGGUUGUCGUCCACCAAAGUUAUCAACAUCAUCAUAGUGAACAUCAUCAUCUGCAUCAGAUUGAUGGUCGAAUUCAAAAUGUUGUGGUACAUCAGAAUGUUGGGCAUAGGGAUACUGAUUCGGAUGGAAGCGUUGAUAUGGAUUUGGCACAAGAUUUAUCUAGUAGGAGUCAAAGAGAUAGUUCAGAUUUAGAAGAAGACGUUGAAGAGUCACAAUCCUCAGAGGGUCAGUGCGAUGGAAAUGGUUCCACGAAAGCACGACGAAGAAGAACUGCAUUCACCAGCGAACAAUUACUCGAAUUAGAGCGAGAAUUUCACGCGAAAAAGUACCUCUCCUUAACAGAACGUAGUCAAAUAGCGGCCGCGUUACGUUUGAGUGAGGUUCAGGUGAAAAUUUGGUUCCAAAAUCGUCGGGCAAAAUGGAAGCGUGUUAAAGCCGGGUUAGGUGCCGGUCCGCAUCAUCAACAAAAAGGAGCUGGGACGCAACAGAACAAGAGCAAGCUAGUAGUGCCGAUUCCGGUUCACGUUAACAGAUUCGCCGUCAGAAGUCAACAUCAGCAACUGGAACGAGCCCUUGGGGAUUUAGCCGGGAGGGUAUUGGCAUCGCAUGCUGCUCUCAGGGCCGGUUUGGACUUGCACGGUUUCCAAGGCGGACCGCCUCGUUGACGAAAAGAAGGAUAAGUUUAAGCCGGGUGUAAGAUGUAAUUAUAGCGACACGUGUAUGUUGGUUUAUACGGUGAUUUGAAAGGAUGAUAGUUUUUUUUAUUUACCUGGUUAGGUAUGUUAUUCUUUUCUAUAUGCGAUUUAAAAAUUGGAUUUUCAUUUCAAAAUUAUGAUAAAUAGGAUUUUUUAGAAUUUUUAAACUAGCUGAAAACAUUGCGAAAAUCCAAGAAAAAAUCGCAUAUAAAUAAAGAAAUAAAAAUAGGUUAUAAGUGACCAAAAUAAUUGUAUAUACAUAACACGUAAGUCUCAACACUACUUAUUGUGGUAGAAGUAAAAAAAGAGAGUUUGGUUGGAUACAGAGUAGCUACGAACAGUAAUGUACGUGUGCAAUAUAAUUUUUAAAUAAAAUCCCUUGUAUAGUUCGAGAUUAAUAUUGUUUUAAGAAA